AUGACUAGUAAAAUUACUGUUAAUAAAUUAUCAACUAAAUCAACUGUAAACAAACAACAUGAUGGAUAUUCAACUAUUUUAUUUUAUGCUCCAGAAAUGCAUAAAUUAGCCGAAGAAAUUCAAUUAUGUAGUGGAAAAAAUUCUAUUCGAUUAGGUGAUAUUGAAUGGAAUGAGUUUCCUGAUAAAUGGCCUAAGAUUUUUAUCCGUAAUUCAGAACAAAUUCGUAAUUGUCAUGUUCUUUUCCUAGCAUCAUUUCAUAGUCCACUUACUAUAUUUGAACAAAUUUCUCUUCUUUAUCAUUUACCAAAAUAUCUUUGUCGAUCAUUAAAAGUUCUUUUACCUUAUUUUCCUACUGGUACAAUGGAACGUAUUCAAACUCAAGGCGACAUUGCAACAGCUUAUUCUUUAGCACAAAUGCUUUCAUCAAUACCACUAACACGUACGGGACCAUCAGAAAUUGUUAUUUUUGACAUUCAUGCAUUACAAAAUCAAUUUUAUUUUUCAUCUAAUAUUAUUGUUCGACUUGAAUCAACUGUUGAAUUAUUAUUGAAUGAAUUAAAAACUAAGGAAAUUAACAAUGAAAAAUAUGCUAUUGCUUUUCCAGAUGAUGGAGCUCAUAAACGUUUUGCUUAUUUAUUUGAUAAUACACAUUAUCCAAUUAUUAUCUGUAGUAAGAUUCGACAAGAUAAUGAUAAACGUAUUACAACAGUUAAAGAAGGUUAUCAUUGUAUGAUUGUUGAUGAUUUAGUACAAUCAGGUGGCACUCUUAUUGAAUGUGCCCAAGCGCUAUUACAGCAUGGUGCUGUAAAUAUAUCGGCUUUUGUUGGGCAUGGUAUAUUUCCAAAUGAAAGUUGGAAAAAAUUUCUUCAUUCAAAUAAUCCAAAAGUUUAUUUUGAUACAUUUUAUGUAACAAAUACUUAUCCAAAUACACAAAUAUUGAUGGAUAAAAUUCCAUUUAAAGUACUUUCUAUUGCUCAAAUUUUGUGUAAUAUUUGUUUUCAAUAA